AUGAACCACUCCAUCGUGGGCACUGCCACCAUGGACCAGAACAACCACCUGGCUCAGGACGAAGACAGCCACAUGGCUCACAAUCACGCAUCCUUCAGCAACGAGGGCUGGGGAGACAUGAGCCCGUACGGCCAUCAGAAUAGCCUCUCCGAUUAUGGAGGUUUCGCUUUCAUGCCGACAGUCACUCAUGGCUUGCCGUCCGAAUCAAUCGGCAGGAUGCCUCCUCCACCAGCUCCAGUCCAGUCGAUGCAGUCACACCAACAACAGUCUCAUGCGCAACUUCCGAUGCUCAUGAUACCUUCUCAGCCAACGUGGCCCAGUAUGCUGACGAACCCCAACAGCUACUCGGCACCGCCCUUGGGGAUGGCACCGGUAGUUGCUCCGGCGCCCUCCAGAUCGACACGAUUAUCCAACGGCCCACAGCCUCAGCAGCGUAGGGUUUUGACCGACGACGACCGAAAAAAGAUGUGCCAGUAUGCUGCUGAGCAUCCCAAUGUGAAGCAGACGGAUAUCGGUGCCAUGUUCGGCGUCGAAAGAAGCACCGUAUCCAAAGUCCUACGGAACAAAGAAAAGUAUCUUAACCCAGAGGCAGACAGGAGCCAGUCUCCUGCUGGGAGGCGGCACAACAAGGGCAAGUUUCCGGACAUUGACCGAGCUGUUGCCGCGUGGGUCAGGAGACAGCAGCAAGUUGGGUUGACCCCGAGUGACGACGAGAUUCUUGAUCAAGCGAAGCACUUUUCCCGCACUACCAACGGCGCUGAAGCCAGCCAGAUGAAGUCCAUCAACACCACUUGGCUUGAGCGGUUCAAACAGAGGAACAUUUUGGUUUCAGGAAAGCUCUUACGCCGGGCAUCGGAGACGAACAUCACAGACCACGUGAAGCUCUCUGGCUCUCCAUCACUUGGGGCAUCUGCUAUGUCGCCGACAUCCCCGACAGGACACCCGUCUCCGCUGUCAGCCGAUAGAAGCGAUGAGGACGUCGUGCACGGGCUUGGGUUUGUCGGUUACGGGGAAGGCAACCCGUACAAACACCCCAACUCGCAAAGCACGUCAUCUCUCAACAGUGCCUUGACAGACGCAGGUAACUCGUCCUUCUCCGGGAGCGCCAUGAGCCCGACGGCAACUUUCACAUUCUCCCCUGACCCCAACACUGGUCAGUUUAUCUCGAACGACCCAUCCCGUCAACUACACGGAGGAGCCGCCUCGAACUUCCAGAGACCGAGAAGCCAGACUUUCCCGACUCUUGACAUUGAGUACAUGAAUCAGACCGAGGCAACAGAGUCUAUGACUCCGAAGUACCAUCCUGCGUCCACGGCACCGUCUUCCGCGUUGGAUUCCCCUGUUCAUGAAAUGACAGUGCCGCAUUUUGGUCUGGAUACUGCUAUUACCUCUUCGCCUCAUUUGCACCACAGCAGCAGUAACGGCAGUAUUGCUGGGCGAUCAGCCGCAACUCCUGCGGGAUCUUCUCCGACGUCGCCUACUCAGGAGGAUGCUCGCAAGGCAGCGGAUACUCUACUGAGCUACAUUCAGAACAAUAGUGGAGGAGCGCUGCUGGAUCAAACGGAGUACAUGAUGAUGAUAAGGCUAACGGAAAAGCUUCGACUGCAGCAGCAUCAGCUUGUUAAGUCUGGCGCGCCUCAGCCAUUGGGUAUUUUGGAUCGAAUCCCCGAGGGAGAUACUGAGAUGUCACCGCAACAUCCUCCCCCGAUGUCUCUCGAAAUCAAAUCCGAACCGGUCCGGACGUAG